UUGAAUUAUUCUAACCAUAUAUUUUGUUGUGACAUAUGUUUAGCUUUGUGGGUUGGUCAUGUUGAAAGAGCAUUUAAGUGUCCCAACGAAAACUGUCAUAGGAAUUAUAAGACGAAACCGGGUUUGUAUAAUCACUUAAAGUAUGAAUCUAUUCGUUUGCUGUAUAAUUCCAAAUCUGGCCGAAUGAACAAGUAUCCUGGUCCGUCAGAGGAUGGCUUCUAUUAUUGUUCAAAUAAAUGUGGAAAGAGAUAUAAAUCAAAACAAGCCAUCAGUGUACACAUGAGAUAUGAAUGCGGUGUUAAACCAAAGUUCUACUGUCAAGAAUGCAAUAAAUAUUUUAAGCAACCAGUCAGUUAUAAGGCUCAUAAAAUGAACGUUCACAAAUAUUUAUUUGAUGGUUAAUGUAAUUUAAGAUGUCUUUUAUAAAAUACUAAAUUUGAAUAUUUCAAUGUGUAAUUUUCAUUAAAAAUAUUUUAGAUCUAAAUUAAAGUAAUCUCGUAGAUUUUUGAACUCUUGAAAACUGUUUUAAUCUAAACAUAACGGUAACAUAAUUUUAAUUUGAAGAGUAUAGAUUUGUAUAUUAAUAUAUUCUUUAGCAUACCUAUGAAAGUAUUAUCUUGGAGAAUAAUUUACAUUUUAAACAAGUAUUGUUUCCUAAGCUAAUUGUUUUUAAUUUAGUAUUUUAUCAUAGAAAAUUUAAUUACUUGUAAAGUAAAAGCUGUUUAAAUAAGUACUUUAAAUUAAUUUAUGUAUAGCUGUUAACAAUUUUUUGAUAAAUUAUUAAAGCAUUUUAUAUUGUAUUAUUUUUAAAUUUACAUCCUUAGAAUUUUCAUUAUUAGAUUUAGAUUAAAUUAAGUUUUCAUGGCUUAUUUUUUUUUCCUAUUAAAGAGAUAUAUAUUUUUAUAUUAUAUGGGGACUUGUGUGACAUUAUUAUUUACUAGUUCAUUUUGAAAAUAUAGUGAUUUAUAUUAAAAUUAACACAUCAUAUUACAAUUAAUUAUACUUUAUACGACCAAGUUGCAGUAUCUUCAUUAUUUUUAUUUACAAUGUUGUCUCAUAUAGUUUUGUCUUUCUUUAUUUUUUAACCCUCAUUUCAGUGAUAUGCGAAUUAAUAAGAAUCAGUUGGACUACUUUUUAUAAAAAUAAUAUUAAUAUUUGUUAAAAUAUCUGUAUAUUUUUACACACUUUACUUUACUAAUAAGGACUUAUAAUACUCUAAAAUAGUUAAUAUGUAUUGAUCGUUUUGAUUAUAGUGAUUAAGUGGUUAGAUAUGUUAGAUGAAUUGAUCAAAACUGUACCAACAGUCUGUCCAAACAAUUGUGGGCGCAAAUUUAGCGAUCGUAGUAGGAGAUAUCACUUAAAGAGGCAUCUACUUGAAGAAUGUGGAGUGAUACAAUCAUGUUCUUUGUGUAAAAAACAAUUUGGCCACUACAAAAGCCUCAGAUUUCAUUUGGCAUCAAAACAUCAAAUAUUUAUUUAAAAUUGUAUUGUGUAGUUAAACUUUACAUAAAAUGUUAAAAAAAAAUGUUUUAUUGUGAAAUUGAAUGAUGUUAGUAAAAAAAGGUCCUAGUAACUUAAUCUAACUUUUUUAGAAAACCUUAACUUAUGAUUGACUUUAGAUUAUAUUUUUUUAUAUUUACAUAUAUUACAUUUAACAAAAUAUAAUAUGGUUUUAAAAUAAAUUACACGCGAUGUACAAUACUAUUGAAAUACUUUUUUUUAAAUUAUUUAACAAAAAAAAUCAAGUUUUGACUCCUUAUAAACUCUUAUUUACUAAAAACGUCUAAAUUUAGGUAUUUUUCAAACUAUGUCCAAUAUAAACUAUAUAUAUAUAUAUCAUACAGCUUAUUAUUACAUUAUAUUUGUUCUGUUUAUUUAUAAUUAAUUUUUUUUCAAACCACAAACAUAUUUUUUUAAGUUUUUCGUCCGAGUUCUUAUAUUGUUUUCUACGUUUGCUAAAGUUGACAAGUACUAUACAUUUGUUAAUGAUAAAAAAACCAGUAGAAUAAAAACUUUUUACAUUUAUUUUAAAUGUAAUCAUCGCUAUUAUUAAAUUAUUUGAGGUGUUGGACAUGUUUUAAAAAACUGAGAAAAACCAAGAAAUUAACUUAAUAGAACAAAUUUUUAAUUCCGAUUUGUUGCUGUGUUCUUUUGUAAAUUCAAAUGUUAUGUCACUUAAAUGUUAUUAUAUUAAUAUUUGAUUUUUCUUUAUAACAAAUCUUGUAUUUACAUUAAUAUAUUAUUGUCAUCAUUUGAAAAAUAAAGUGGAUUUCUUAAUUUUUUGUGUUCUCUUUUGAGCUAUAUUGCAAAGCUGGGAAAGUAUUGUGUAGGUUUUUCAUUAAAAAAUAUAGUUAAACUCUAUCAAUAAAAUACUU